CAAAAUGGCGUCGUCGGGGGACAUGUGCACUGAUGUAACUACAAUGUCGGAAAAAGAACAAAAUUGUCCCACAGAAGGAAUAUGUCAGCAAGAUGAAGGAAUGGAUAUCGAUGCAGAAGAGACUAAGAAAACACUCACUGAAAUUCAAAUUGAGAAAAUACGUUCAGAAUUAUCUAUUUUGGACGAUAGAUUUCCGCUGGCGAAGCAACUUUUAGAAAAAGAAAUUAAAAUACUUACGGAAGGCAAUAAUUUUGUUGAACUGCACAACGAUAAACCGCAUGAUCACUCUGUUUGUAUUAUAGUACCAAUUAAGGAAAAUCCUGAGUUUCCAUACAUUGGUAAUCUACUUGGUAAAAGGGGGAAUACUCUUCAAGAAAUUCAGCGCCAGACCGGUACAAAAAUUACUAUUUUAGGAGAAGGAUCAAUUAAAGAUAAAGAAAAGGAGGAAUUAUUCAAGAAGCAAGGAAACUCUGACAAACUCCUGGGCCCUCUUCAUUUAGAAGUCAGAUGCUUAGAUCUCGCUGAAAACGCAUAUAGACGAAUCUCAAUGGCCAUAAACAUUCUUAAACACUUCCUUCAUCCGGCUACCUGCAAACGAACACAGGCAAAUCUCUUUGCCGGGAAAGACCCAUUACUGCCAUCUUGUACACCACCUUCUACUCCUUCAAGAUCACAAGCUCGCGGUUUCGGUCCUCGAGCUCACAACACUAGGGGGAGAGGGUGUAACGGACCCAAUCCACUAGCUUUUAUAUCAGCUGUUCUGCAAGCGGCAGCACCCUCAGGCUCACAAUUCUAUGGUGGAAACAACGAAAAUGGUGGCUGUUGGCCUAAUGAACAAGACACUUCCAUUGAUGUAAGAAGAGGAGGUAGACCUGGUCGCAGCCAUCCUUACACAAGAGGUAGAGGAUUUGAAGGAAGGGCAAGUUUCAACCCUGUUUCAAAGCCUUUUUAAUGUGUUUUUUUUUAUCAACAAGUCAGGAUUUAGCCAAUGUUUUACUUUAACUCGUCUUUUAUUUUACUCAACUUGCUCAAAUGCUUUUCUUCAUGAUUUGUGUGCCAUACAUCUCCAUCUCUUUCCAAUUUGAACAAACCUACUUCACUAAACCAAUUUGAAAACUUCGCUCUUAAAAAUAAGAAAAAAAUAUCAAGUUUUUUCCACCCUUUUACACUUUAACUAUUCAAUUUCUUAAGCAUUUAGACUAAAUGAAGUUUUAACAGUUUUAGCACUAAUUAACUUGAUCUUUAUCCAUAUAUUUAUUCUUGUAAUGAGCUAAACAUCGAUUCAAUUUAAUCAAUUAUCUUUAAGAUAAAAAAAGAAAAUUUAGAGUGCUGUAAAGCCUGACUUGCAUUGUUAUUCUUGUUGAAAAAAUUUGUUCAUUCAUGUUUCCGUUUUAUAAUGGUUUUUUUAGUUUUCACUCUUCCGAGAUGAAAUUGAGUGCCAUGUGCGUGUGAAGAAUUAAAAUGUUUUUGUUUUUGAAAAGUUUCCUACACAGGCCAAAAAAAAAAAGAAAAAAACAUCUUGAAAAAAUUGCUAAUAAAACACAAAAAAAACCUUUGCCAGAUUAAUUCAUUUAAACGUUUUAAUUUCUGUCAUAGUUUAACUUUAAAAAACUAUUUUC